AUGUCGCGCGACGCGCGUCCCGGGACGUCCACCGCGCCCGCGACGCGGACGUCCACCGUCGCGCGCGAGUGGGCGGCCGCGGGCGCGGGGUGCGCGCUCGCGGAUACGGUGUUCAAUCCGCUGGAUGUUUUAAAGGUUCGCGCGCAGCAGAGCGGUGCGAGCGCGCGCGCGCUGGCGCUCGACGCGAUCGCCCGGGACGGGCUCGUGCGAGGGUUGAUGGAUGUCGUACACGGGGUGUCGCAUCGGGAUGUACGCGACGCGGCGACGGCGGCGACGGGGGACGACGGCGACGGCGUCGGCGUGCGCGUCCUCGCGGGUGGGCUCACGGGUGCGGUGGGGGCGUUGGUGUUUAAUCCAAUCGACGUCGUGCGGGUGCGGAUGCAGUCGAUGACGUGCGCGCACGCGAAUACGAUUGCGGCGUUCGGCGACGUCGCGCGGCGAGAGGGCGUGGCGGGCGGGCUCUGGCGAGGCACAGGGGCGUGCGUGGCGCGAGCGAUGACGCUUUCGGGAUCGCAACUCGCGACGUACGACGUCGGUAAGCGAUGGCUCUUGAGGCACGGGUACUUCAGCGAGGACGCGCCGCCGCUGCACUUCACGGCGAGCUUCGUCUCGGGAGUCGUCGCGCAAACCGUCACGCAACCGGUGGAUACGCUGAAGACGCUCGUGAUGUCCGUCCCGAGCGGUGCGGGUGAACGAAAGGGUGCGUUCGUCGUCGCGCGCGAUCUCGUCGCCGCGCACGGCGUUCGAGGUCUCUACCGCGGCUUCGUCGCCGCCGCCGCGAGACAAGGCCCGGUGAUGGUUAUCCAAAUGCCAAUCGUCGAGGCGCUCAGAAAAGUCCUCGGACUCGGCACGUUCGGGAGUUAG